AUGGGUGCUCUUGAUUAUCUUUCCAACUUUUGCACUGUCACCAGCACAAGGAGCAAGCGCAAAGCAAUGCAGACAGUUGAGAUCAAAGUCAAAAUGGAUUGUGAUGGCUGUGAAAGAAGAGUCAAGAAUGCUGUUACCUCCAUGAAAGGUGUAAAAGCUGUGGAGGUGAACCGAAAACAAAGCCGGGUGAUUGUGAGUGGGUAUGUUGAACCAAACAAGGUGUUGAAGAGGGUAAAAAGUACAGGCAAGAGAGCUGAGUUUUGGCCGUACAUUCCUCAACAUCUGGUACACUAUCCGUACGCCUCUGGAGUUUAUGACAGAAGGGCACCAAAUGGGUACGUCAGAAAUGUGGUUCAAGCUUUUCCGGCCUCCAUGAAUGGCCCUGAGGAGAACAUGGUCUCUCUCUUCAGUGAUGAUAACGUCAAUGCUUGUUCCAUAAUGUAG